AUUAAUUUCAUCCAAUGAAAUUUAAUCCGGGUAUUCAGUACGAACCUGCGACCAUCCAUUGUGAAGUUUUGAUAUCUGUUUGGUAAAGAAAGAAGUAUAUUUUUCUAUGAUCUUGGUUACCAUAGUUUUCAAGUUACCCAUGACAUAAGUGAAAGAAUAAAUCAAGUAAUUUGUGAUAUUUUCUGAUAACGAUGAACUACUAUGGUGGUCCAGGAGCAGAAAAGAGUGGUAUCUCCCCAGGCGGUUAUUAUCCUGGUGCUAGCUAUGGACUACAACAGCAAGCUGCUUUAGCUCAUGGGCACCCACAAGCAGCUGGUAUGACCCCUGGACUUGCACAGCAUCCCGGUCUGGCUCCAGGUCAUGGACAGCAAACCACUGUUCCAUCAUAUGGUACACCUGUAUCAACCCAUUCUUACACAGGUUAUACAGGAAUGGCGCCAGGACAGUCCAUCUACACAACAACAGGAUAUUCUAUACCCCAAGGAUAUCCUUCAGCAAUGAAUGGUUCUGCAGGCUUGACCAGCAUGGGAGCAUUCUAUUCUACACCACAUAUGUCAGCUUUACCCUAUUCUACUCUACAGCCAAUUCCCCAAGCAACACCUUCUAUACCCUCCGUAGCGUCUCUACCAUCAGUUCCAGCCGUGCCACAUAUACCGUCAAUACAGCAAACACAGAGUGGUUAUCCAGCAAGUCACCGACAGCAUCAGUUGUCGUCAGCAUACCUGUCUGAACAGGCCGCUAAACAAGCCGGCUAUCCAAUCGGCAGCAAUCCAAUGAUGCAUCCAGGCAUGUCUUCUGCAUCAGUACCAGGCAUGCCACAUGGAUACCCAGCAGGAGGUGCAGUCCCAGGAAUGGGUUAUCCCAACCCGUCGUUAACGAACGCCUACGCAGGAAUGCCUGGUGUCAGAGUGGCACCUCAUACAGGCCAGCCAUAUGGACCAAGAUACUGAACAUGCUGAAUCUAGUAAAGGGCUAUUGUAAUUACAAAUGCAAGUCCAAUGCUCAGUUUAUAUAGAUCUGAUGAAGACUCUGUAGCUAUUUAUGUAUUAUAUUAAGUAAACAUUUUAUUUUUUCAGUUAGGGUAUUUGUAACUUCUUGUUAAAAUUGUUAAAACAGAUUUUUUUUUUAUAAAAUUGAAAGAUCCUCACUCGAAGGUUUCAGUUACUGAAGACCUGUAUUAGUUAGUAUCUAUAAGCAAGAAAAAAUAUGAAUAGUAAUAAUGGAACAAUUUUAUCAUUAUUUUUUUUCUUUUUGUAAUUUUAUUGAAAAUUUUGAUUGUCGAAAGACAUUGGACUUUUGCUACAGGCAUAUAAAUUAGUUAAAAUAAUAUGUUAAAUGUGUUCAUAGAAGCCAUCAAAUGGUUAUUUUACAAAAUAUCUUAAUAAUGAAUUAAAAAUAUACCAAGAUGAA